AUGUCGCGAGCCGGUCGGCUUCGCGCGUGGUACCGCUCCACAGAGGUCGUGAGAGGCGCCGUGGUGGGGAAGCGGGGCAUUCAUCACGCCGCCCCACUCUGGCUCGUGGCACGAGAGGCUCCACCACUGGAACAGCCCGCCCCGCCGCCCCUGGGGUGGUGGGUGGGGGAAGUGGGUGGGAGGGCCAUCGUGGAGGUGCGAGGACGAGACGCGGCGCGUUUCUUGCAGGGCCUCACCACCAACGACCUCCUCGCCGCCGCCGCCACCAGCAGAGCUGGCCGGGAGGAGGGGCGCUACACGGCCUUCCUCACUCCCACCGGCCGCUUGCUGGCCGACGCCCUCGUGUGCCAGCUUCCCCCCGGCCAGCAGCAGCAGGGCCAGCAGGAGGGAGAGCAGACGUUCCUCGUGGAGUGCGACGCGCGGGCCGCGCCCGGCCUCGUGGUGCACCUGCGCCGCUACCGCCUUCGCGCUCACGUCGACAUCACUCCUCCGGCCCAGCGGCCAGCGGCGGACGAGUGGGCAGUGGGCGCAGUCCUCACACGUGGCCACGUCCAGAGCAGCAGCAGCAGCAGCAGCAGCGGCGGCGGGUCCGGCGAGGCCACGCCUAGCCCGAGAGACUCCCUGCUCCAGUGCCUGCGGUCCCACGCCCCUUCCCUCCCCUGCUUCGCCGACCCACGUACGGCAGCGAUGGGCAUACGGGUGUAUCACCGGCGGAGCAGCAGCUUUGCGCCCCCGCCGGGUUUGGCGGAGGCCAGUGCCAAAGAGUACCGACUCCAUCGAAUCCUGCACGCCGUGCCGGAAGGCAUCGACGAACUUGAGCCCAACGUGGCGGUGCCGCUCGAGUGCAAUCUAGAUGCCCUCAACGGCGUGUCCUACGAUAAAGGCUGCUAUUUGGGUCAGGAGCUCACUUCACGCGUCCAUCACACAGGCGUCAUACGGAAACGUCUCAUGCCGGUCAUGUGCUUUUCGCCCGAGGACGAGGCAAGAGAGAAGGAGCUUCGGGUCGCAGAGCGAUUGCUCGAUUUUGUGCACGGGAGGGACCAACCAUCGUUGGAGAGAGAUCACCUGUUGCCGUCUGUCUUGCGAGAGCUGCCCUCGCUCGCUACCACGAACAUAGCGUCUGACAAAACGGAGCUGUUCCUCGUCGGGGCUGACGGCACGCCAGAGCGACGCCAAGUCGGGCGAUUGUGUGGCGGUGUUGAGGCCGGGCUCGCAUACCACAGCCGUUCUCACUCCCUCCACAACUACUGCUCCUUUCUUUCUGGCCAAGCCCUUGUGGCCGCCACCGUACCCGCUGCCAUGACCGCGACGUAA